CAUUACACAGCCGAAUAUACAAAUGCCAUUUGCAAAAGCUUCAUGGGAGAAGGUAUCCUUUCUCAUAGUCAAUUCCUCUCAGCAACAUUAUAGCUAAAAGGAGGACUGUGAAGCCAGGAGUCCCUGAGGAACCUUUCAUCUCAGCGUCAGCUCGGUUAGGAGUAAUCCCUCAAUAUUCCGAAGGAGUAGGAAAUGGACGAGCCAACUUAUAAGAUCAUAAGGGUUGCCCUGGAUCGGGACCUCAUCGAGCAAAUAGGAAGAGAUAUCUAUUUUGAUGUUGUCGACCAUGACAGAGUUCGGACUUUCCAUGUCCAGAAGCAAACGCCCUUUAAACUUUUCAAGGAGGAAAUUGCUGAAGUCUUUGGCAUACCAGUGCAAUUUCAGCGGUUUUGGAAAUUCGCAAAUCGACAAAAUCAUACGCACCGUCCUUGGAAGCCCCUAACACCUGAAGAGGAAUCAAAACCUGUUGGAAAGCUGAAGCAAAUAUCAAAGAAGGCUAAGGAACUGAAAUUGUUCUUGGAAGUAGAGUUUGGCCUGCAUCGUGGUCCUGUUUCUCCGCCUGUCAAAAGUAUGGAAGAUAUUUUGUUGUUUUUCAAGCUUUAUGACCCUGAAAAAGGAGAAUUAAGGUAUGUUGGCAGGCUCUUCGUGAAUAGAUAUGCCAAACCUUGUGACAUUUUAGGAAAAGUAAAUGAGAUGGCAGGCUUCAGUCCAGAUGAGGAAGUAGAUCUUUAUGAGGAGAUAAAAUUUGAGCCCUCUGUCAUGUGUGAGCUCAUUGAUAGGGCCGCUUCAUUUCGAGCUAAUCAGCUCGAAGAUGGAGAUAUCAUUUGCUUUCAGAAACAUUUUGUUCGUGGUGCUGAAAGUUGCAGAUAUUUAACUGUUCCUUCAUUUUUGGAACACAUACGUGGUCUCCAGGAAAUGGAUGCACGAAAUCGUCCAUCUGAGAGAUUUACGUGGAAGAUCAGCAAUUUCAGCAAGUUGACUUCAAGGACCUACUACUCAGAAGUUUUCACUGUUGCUGGCUGUAAAUGGAGGAUAACGAUUUUCCCAAAGGGGAACAACACCGAUUUUGUCUCUAUAUACUUAGAUGUUCCUGAUUACGCGUCUUUGCCAAUUGGAUGGAGCAGAACCGUCGAUUUUAGUUUGACUGUGGUCAAUCAAAAUUGCCGGGAUACCUCGAUUAGAAAGGAAACAAGUCACAAGUUCACAUGGCUAGAAUCUGACUGGGGUUUCACUUCGUUUAUGCCCCUGACCGAGCUCCAUGACCAGACUAGAGGCUACAUAGCACAAGAUACUGUGGUUGUUGAAGCCAAUGUUAUUGUCCACAAGGCUGUCAUUGUCCCUCCAGUUGUUGCUCCUGACACGGUUCUUCCUCCAUCUGCUCCUCCACUUGAUGCUUAUUUAGGGAGGGAAGCAGACAGAUUCGUCUCAUAUUUUAAUGGCCUGGAUGAGUUCAUUGGUGCUGCCGAGACUUCUGGUUCCAGAGAAGGACCAAGUUCGGGCACUCAAACUUCUCAUAUGCUUCCCAGAGCUCCCAGUUCCGAAGAGGUUGAGAAUGCUAAGCAGUCCUUGAAGGAAUGCCUUUCAGACCUUUUCAAGCUGAACAUGAAAGAUAGAUUAGCUUCUGCAUUGUCUACUCUCAGCAUCGCGGAAACUGGGCUAUCGGAUGAACAGAGGAGUUCAGUCUUGGAAUUCCGGGUUAACUUCGACGAUUUUAUCUCGGAUUACUUGACUUUUGAGCAGGACAAUUCUGAGUAUGAAUUGCAGAAACUACAGAACGACCUACUCUCUUCUGCCAUGAAGAAGAACCGUGAGACACAUCUUUCCUAUAAAGAAUUGUCGGAGAAACUCGCCAGGGAAGAGGAAGAGCUGAAGAAGAAGUUGGAGGAAACAAAGUCUAGGAAUGCUAAACUUAUUUCAGACUGGGAGGCUCUUAUGGCUGAGUCAGAGGAGACAAAGUCAAAGUACGUUUCUCAGAAACCGAAGCUAGCAGAGGCCGAGGAACGGAAGAGGAUAGCAGAGGAGAGAAUGUCUCGCUCAACAGCUGCUUGGUCAUCUUUGAAGGCCCGGUUCCUUUGAAUAGGCUGUGCCAUUAUAGUGAUGGAAUAUGCUGUUUGGGAUCAAAGCAUCUGUCAAUAGUUUUGUACCGGGAUGGGAGAAGAAAGAAAAAAGGUGAGUUUCCGGAGCAAUCUAAGGAGGAGGUCCAACUCCCUGGAGCAUUCAAUAAAAUGGAACCAUGAUUUGAUGGGUAAUGAGGCUCGGUUGAUGUUUAAAAUUUGAUCACUGUCAUGAAGAUUGUACAAUUUAGCAUACAUUGAUAAGGUAGUUUACCUUGUGAUUCUGGUGGAGUCGAUGUUUCUUUCCUUUUACGUUUGCAUCGAAAGUUCGAACAAGCAAACAGGACGGGUUAUAUUUGCCCCAAUAUUUGACCAAAAAAUAUAAAAUAUAAAUGGGGGUCUCAAUGUAA